UCCCAGCAUACGCACGGUACUGGAGACUUAGGGCAUCCCAGCAUACACACCUACUACCACCGGAGCCGCCGGCGCAUAGCAGCAUCUUCCCACCGACACAAGCUGAACAUCCAGGAUCAUCCGAGACACCGAUUGGGGAAGCACUCCUGUGUUGUUUGAAUCUUUUUUUGGGGUGUGGGAUUUUGUUUCUCGCCGGGUUGUGAACAGUGGAUACGCUGCCAUGUCAAAGUACACUGAAUUAUUUAUAGGCGUGCGUGUCUUGUUGUGUGACAGCUCUGCCCUAAAAGAAUUUUAUUAGACGCCUCUUCCAGCAGUGACUGGCACACGACGCUCCUCUCCUCGGCCGAUGCAUCACUGUGAAGAGCGCCGGGACAACAACCAAACUGGCUCCGGUCUUCUCGUCUGAGCCGAUCUGCGGCUUCCUGCGUUGAAAUCUGCAUUUUGGUCGAAUUGUGCGUUUUUGCUCCGGAUGCAACAAGGGACUGAUUUAUUUAUUCACCUAUUUGCUUUUUGGCUUUUCCACACGAGAGGGAGAGGACGCCGCUUCCAUCCAUUCUUGUGUGUUUUUGUUUUUUUCUUCUUCUUCCCUUUGGACGCUUGAGCCUUUUUUUACGCAUGCAGGGAGAAAUCUGUGGUGACACCUGAUCGACUGGCUCCUCCGCGCUCAUUGACCCGGGAGCUCCAGGCGAAUCAGGGAGGGAGGAAGCAGAUACUCGGUCAAUGCUCGGCCCGCGCUGUUGAUUUUGUUUUGUGUGUGUGCUUCAUCUGCGGGGUUGUGAGCCCAGCCAGCCAAAGCCAUGGUCCACUGCGCCGGCUGCGAGAGGCCUAUCCUGGACCGCUUUCUGCUCAACGUGCUGGACAGAGCCUGGCACGUCAAAUGCGUGCAGUGCUGCGAGUGCAAAUGUAAUUUAACUGAGAAAUGCUUUUCACGAGAGGGGAGACUGUACUGCAAGAACGAUUUCUUUAGGCGGUUUGGCACCAAGUGCAGCGGUUGCUCGCAGGGCAUCUCUCCAAACGACCUGGUCCGGAGGGCCCGGAGCAAAGUGUUUCACCUCAACUGCUUCACCUGCAUGAUGUGCAAUAAGCAGCUCUCCACCGGCGAGGAGCUCUACAUCAUAGACGAGAAUAAAUUCGUUUGCAAAGACGAUUAUAUAAGCAACACCAAUGGAAAGGACACCAACCUCCUCUCAGUAACGGCGUGCAGCGACCCGAGUUUAUCACCGGACUCUCAAGACCAGCUACAGGACGACGUGGUACUAAAGGACACGGAGAUCGCAGCGCUGUCCGACAAAGAGACGGUGAACAACGAGAACGACGACCAGAACCUCGGCGGGAAGCGACGCGGCCCGCGGACCACCAUCAAGGCCAAGCAGCUGGAGACGCUGAAGGCGGCGUUCGCUGCCACCCCCAAACCCACCAGACACAUCAGGGAGCAGCUGGCCCAGGAGACCGGCCUCAACAUGAGGGUCAUCCAGGUCUGGUUCCAGAACCGACGGUCCAAAGAGAGACGCAUGAAGCAGCUGAGCGCGCUGGGCGCCAGGAGGCACGCGUUUUUCCGCAGCCCGAGGCGGAUGAGGACGCUGGUGGACCGACUGGAGCCCGGGGAGCUCAUCCCCAACGGGCCCUUCUCCUACUAUGGAGAUUAUCAAAGUGAGUACUACGGCCCAGGAGGGAAUUAUGACUUCUUUCCUCAGGGGCCUCCGUCGUCGCAGGCCCAGACCCCAGUCGAUCUCCCCUUCGUGCCCUCCUCAGGCCCCACGGGCACCCCCCUUGGAGGUAUGGACCACCCUCUGCCGGGCCACCACCCCUCCAGUGAGGUGCAGCGCUUCUCCGACAUCAUGUCCCACCACCCAGGGGACUCUCCUAGCCCCGAGCCCGGAAUCCCGGGGCCCCUGCACAGCAUCUCCUCUGAGGUGUUCGGCCCCAGUCCACCCUUUACCUCACUGUCGCUGAACGGCAGCGGAUACAACAACCACCUGUCCCACCCGCCCUCGGAAAUGAACGAGGGCACUGUGUGGUAGCUUUUUCAGAGAGCAGACUUUACUGGCGAGAGAUUCGGUAACGGAGGGCGGAGAGGUUUGGUGGUGAUGGGGGGCUGGAAUCGAGAACAGGGACUUGGAUAUCAACAGGGUUAGGGCAACACCAUUGAAUCUUUUUUUUUUUUUUUGGUGAGGGGGUGUUUUCAUAUUUAUUUAUUUAUUUCCCCACUUGAUUUGUUGGUCUUUUUUGUGGGGAAAGCUUAUCUGGCAUUUAAAUCAUGCUCAAAAACAUUGUCUUCAGUGUUGUGUUUGGGUGUUUCAAUUGCUUCUUUUGCCCACUCCCUGCAUCCAAAACUGGACUUACUGAAGAGUAAUAAUAUAAAAACCGAACAGAAAAUUAUUACAAAAAAAAGAAAAGAGUGAGACUGCUGAACAGCCCCCUAUUCCCCCCCCCCCCCCUUUCCUCGGACCCCCUGGGGGCCCCCCUGUCGCCCCUCCUGAUGUUGUCAGCGGCCCAGCAU